AUGAAUAAUAAUAUUGCAAAGCAUACACAUAACGAACAAUUCCAUAGACGGAAAAGACACUCAACCUCAAGUUGUGAAAAUAGAGAUCCCAGAUCUACUAUUAAAACACCGCAUCCAAUAAUUAAUAGAAAUCAAUUAAUACUACUGAAACAGAAAAGUGUUACUGAAGGCAAUAAGAACUCUACUAACACAACAAUAAUAGGAGAAGAUCAAAAUCAUGAACGAGAUAAUAAAAACAACUCAUUAAUAGAUGAUAAUGAAGAAGCAAUUGAAGAUGAUGAAGAAGAUGAUGUUGGACCCAUUGCAAAUCUGAAAGAUUUAAACAUAGAAGAUAAACAGAAAAAACAAGAAGGGCCUAUCUUACACGGGAGAAAAGCAAGUACUUAUAUGGGGAUCUUUAGAGAUGAUAGAAGUCCAAGUAAUUUCUCAAAGACAUCCACUGAUGAUAGCCCGAAUGAAACAAUUAUUAAGGAACUUAGUAAAAAUCCUAACAGUCACAGAGAUGUAGAAUCUAACUCAGAUAAAGACAAGAAUAAUAAUAGACUAGUAUUUUCUGAGCAUGAAACUAUAAAAGAAGGAAUUAUUAAUUCAGAUCCUUUCAUAAACAAUGAUAAUAAUAAUAAAAUUGAUGACAAUAUUGAUAACUCUACAUCAUGUUUAAAUAGUUCUACAUCAAUUGUUACCGUAUCUGACACAACUCAUAAUAAUUCUGAAAUUAUUGAUAAAAUUGAUAAUAGUUCCAAUACACAUACCGAUAAUAAGCCAAUAUCAAAAUUAAGCCAAUUGAUUAGUUCCUCCAUAUCAAAGACUAAAGCAAGCACAUCUAAUUUAUCUGCAUCUAUAUUACCUCAUAAAAUUUUAGAUGAUUCUGAAAUAUCUCCAAGGGCGGUUAAAGAAACUUUAAUAGAUGUUGCACCAAAUGUUAGAUCAAUUCCAAAAGAAUUGAUCUCGCCAAUAUCAAAAUUACAGCGUAAAUCACCCAAAAAGGAACAAUUUGAUAAUAAAGAAGUUCGUAUUGAAAAUCAUCUAGAACAUUAUGAACAAACACAUGACAAUAAUAAUAAAAAUAAUGGCCAAAAUAAAUCUCAAAAUGAUCACAAGGAUCACCAUAGUUAUAACCUUCAUAAUCGUCGUCAUCAUCAUCACCAUCACCAUCAUAAAAAGCAUAUUCAUAAUGAUGAUGAUGAAUUUCGUUCAAAAUCAUUAACGAUCAAUAACAGACCCUCAUCUCCGGAUAAGCAAAAAUAUAUCUCUACGAGUAAGCCUCAUCUCACAGAUGAUCUUACUUUGACUCCAAUAUCUUCUGCAACAUAUUAUCCACAUAAAUCCGCAAUCAAAUUAAAUAGCAAUAAAUAUUCCAAGCAUAAUAAAAUCAAUAAUAAUCCAAUCGGAGUUUCCUCCUCUUUAAGUAAUGAUAUCAUAUUUCAAAAUAAAUCUAUUUCCAAUUCUACCUCUGCAUCUACUUCUCCAACACAUACUCUAGAUAGAACAGAUGGCUUUACACUAUCAUCAUCUGUACCUUUAGACUUAUCAAUCGAUUCUGAUAAUGAUAACAUCAUUGGUACUAAUGGUAAAAUAAUAAAAAGACUUCGCAUUACAAAUAAUAAUGAUUCGUAUUCGAAAUUACAAGAUACUAUGAGAAUAGACACUGAUUUUAUUCCACCCAAAAAGUCAUCAAAGACAAUUGAAACAACUACUCCUCCUGAAAAUAUAGUUAAUUCGAAGGAAAUCUCUAUGAAGACUGACGUAAAGUCUACACAAACUGCAUCUGCAACAAAAGGCAGAUUAGACUCUUCGAUUGUGAAUAAGCAAGUAAUAAUUCAAAUAAAUGGUAAACAAAAAUCAAACGAAAAUGAUACUUUAGAUGUGAAACCUUAUUCUAAUGUUAUUGAUAGAGAAGAUGAGCGAAAUAUUGACGAAAAUCUAGAAGUAAAAUUUAAUGAUAAAAUUGAAAAUAAGUCGGUUGAAACUGAUAAUCAAAAAAGUAUAAGUGUGAUUAAAAAGUUACAAGAAAUUAAAGACCCUAGCGAAUUAGAUGGGCUGACUCAGGCAGGAGAACAACAGGGGAAAAUUUCUUCCUCAGGCCCAGAUUUACAGAAAACUACAUCCACAACCGGUUUAAUAACAGAGAAUCCUAAUAAUGAGAAUUUGGAGGGUGACGUCAUCGAACCAGCUAAAUAUGAAGAUGGACAAGAUUAUGAAGAAGAUGAAGAUGAAGAAGAUGAAGAGCAUGCAGAAUAUCCCCUUGCAGUGGAGCUACAGCCUUUUACUAACAAAGUUGGCGGGCACACUGCUAUUUUUAGAUUUUCAGAAAGAGCUGUUUGUAAAGCAUUGGUGAAUAGGGAAAAUAAAUGGUACGAAAACAUUGAACAAAACCAUAAAGAAUUACUACAGUUUAUGCCAAGAUAUAUUGGUGUUUUAAAUGUACGCCAACAUUUUACCUCAAAAGGCUCACAACAUGAAAAUAACACUGAUGAAGAUAUUAACGAUAAAAAAUACUCGACCCCUUUACCAACUGCUUCUCCUCCAAAUCCAUCUUCUCCUCUAUCACCUAUCAAUAGUAUGAAGGUUAGAAGUAGAGGUAGCAGGAAAUCAUCAUUAACGAUGAAUAAUAAUCACUUAGCUGGAAAGGGGGUCCAUCUAAAUGGCUCUCACAUUUCUCAUUCACAGCACGCCCAAAUGAGGAGAAAAUCAUCUCAAAGUGCAAAUAAAACUAAUGUUCUCGAUGCCUCAAAGUUUAUGGGCGAACCAUUAACACAUGUACAAUCUUUACCCACAACUGCAUGCCAUGUAUCGAAAACUGAUUAUCAAGAUCUUGCCUUUCCGGAAGUUGUUCUAGACGACAAUAAACAUAUUAUUCCAGAUUCAUUAUGGGGGAGAUAUUCAAACUCUCAUACUCAUUUUAUUCCUGUAACCCAUUAUGGUGAUUACAUUGAUAAUAGCUUUGAUAGCCAAUCUGAUGUCCAUUCAAUGAACAAUCUUCAUGGACGAACACGUUCUGAGAAUUGUAAUAUGAUCUCUAAAAGCUCUGAUGAUAUAAUUUCACCCAUACGUGAUAAUAAUGAUAGUAUGGACGGGUUAGAUAGAUCACCAGAUGAAAUUAUUCAAUCUCCGAAGUUAACAUCCCCUUUUGAUAAGUGGGAUUCAGGGUCUACUAUGAUUAAUACAAAAUUACAAGAAUUGGUUUUACAAGAAGUUUUUGCCCCAACAUAUAUAAGGAAAGAAAGAAAAGGGUCAACUUGUUCUUAUCAUGAAAAGAAACAAGGUGAAGAUAUCCAUGACCAUAUGUCUAAAAAUAACUUUUCAAAGGCUAUUGAGAGUUCGAGAUCAGUGAUCGAUUUAAAGGAAAUAGGUAAAAGAGUGAUUCCAAAAGUUCAUAGAACUGUAAGUGAAAUUCAAAACAAAACACUAGGUACACCUUUAAAAUCCAAAGUUAUAUCACGAAGUAAUAUGAAGGAACUAAACGAUAUACAGGAAUCUGAGUACAAAAUUAAUAAUAAUAAUCAAGAACCCAAAAAUCAUAAUGAUGUGAGCAGUAGCAUUGAUGGAUAUAAACCUAGCACCAGCCUAACUGACUCAAUCACUUUUGAAGGAAAUUCUAAAACUGUUGUUUCCAAAUUUAUUCUAUUAGAAGAUUUGACAAGAAAAAUGAAUAAACCAUGUGCAUUAGAUUUAAAGAUGGGGACAAGGCAAUAUGGUGUGGAUGCUAAGCCCGCUAAGCAACGUUCUCAACGAAGCAAAUGUCAUAAAACUACCUCACGGAAACUUGGUGUUAGAAUAUGUGGUAUGAAAACUUGGAACAAGGAAUACUACAUUAAACGCGAUAAAUAUUUUGGUAGAAGGGUGAAAAUUGGCUGGCAAUUUACUAGAUGUCUCUCAAGAUUUUUCUAUGAUGGGGUUUCUGUUGCCAGUAUUAUCCGGCAAAUUCCCCAUUUGGUAGUACAAUUAGACAUGUUAUUUUCAGAGUUAGUUAAACUAAAAGGAUAUAGACUAUAUGGUGCCUCUUUACUUUUGAUGUAUGAUGGUAAGAAUAAAUAUGGGAAGACUGGAAAAGCAAAGCUACAUAUUAUUGACUUCGCUAGAUGCAUUACAAAGAAAGAUUUAGAUUAUGGUUUAGAUACCUUUAGAAUACCUCCACAACAUAUAGAGUCGGAAGAUCGUGGAUUUCUAAGAGGUGUAAGAAGCUUAAAAUUUUAUUUAAUAUUAAUUUGGAAUUUUUUGACCAAUGAUACUCCACUUUUAGAAAAUGCUGAAGACUUGCAAGAGUUUAUGAAGACAAAUAGUAAGGAAUUCGAAAAAAAUUGGGAUUGGUUAGACGAAUUUGACAAAGAAGAUGAAUGCGAUUUUAAUAAUCCUGACAGUGAAUUAAGGAAAAAGUGGAGAAAAUAUGAACUUAUUUUUGAUGUCGAGCCAAGACACUUGAACAACGAGGAGGUGAGCGAUUAA